CGCGUUCUCUCAGUCACCUGUUGCGUUUGACAUUUCUGUGUCGUGUGUAGAUUUAUUGAUUUGUUAUAAGUGUUGUGCAUUUUCAGUGAGUGCAUUAAAACUUCAAUGAAAUUUUACCUUAUUUUCCUCAUUCAGACGUAAUUUGUUAAAAUUGAUUACAAUAAUGAUUCUCACAUCUCUCUAAGGGAAAUUAGAUUAUUGUUUAGUAUAUAAACAAAGUAAAAAUGUCAGAUUACCUUUCUACUGAGCUUACAGCAACUUGCGGUGCACUUGGUUAUUAUGAUGGACAUAAAUAUCACUUAGAUAAAUAUUGUUUAGAUGUUAUAAAAGAUUUAAUUAAAUAUUUAAGAAGGGAUGAUGAUAGUCAUACUGUACGACAGUUUCUUGGUCAAACUAAGAUACUUCAAACUGAUCUUAUUAAAAUUUUCAUUGAUCAUAGUGAUAAACUUGAACUUUGGGAUGUACUAUUGAGGUUGAUUAUAAAUCUGACCAGUCCAGUUUUAUUACUUUACAAUGAACAAAUACCUACAGAUAAAAUGCAACACAGCAUAUAUCAGAAGCUUAUCUUUUAUACACAAGAAUAUAAGGUAGCAUUCAUUGAUGAUCGCAUAUGGACAACGCUAAGCAAUCGUUUAAGUAAAAUUCUUAAACUUGAUACUAUGGAAAGAGGAGAAGAAAAAGAAAUGAUGAUUGAGAGAAUCCUUAUUUUUAUUAGAAAUGUGUUACAAGUACCACCGGAUGAAAAUGAAAAUCGUGUUGAUAAUGAUGUUACUGUCCAUGAUGAGGUUUUAUUUGCACUUAAUGCUUCAGGGGUUGUUGAUUUAUUACUAUUUAUUGCUAGUAAUCAAAGUGAGAAACAGUACCACUUACAAGUAUUAGAGAUCGUGUCGCUAAUGUUGGGCGAUCAAAGUCCAAGUCAGUUAGCAACUUCAGGUUUACAACGUAGCACUACCGAGAAAGAAAAAGAUGAGGCAGUACUCUUAGCUGCUCGACAGAAAGAGAAGCUAGAAAAAAUGGAGAAAAUAAGAAAAUAUGCUGGUGCUAGACAUUCCCAUUUCGGUGGCACAUACGUCGUCCAGAAUAUGAAGGCUAUCGGGGAGAAUCAGCUGUUGUGUCAUAAGCCGUUCCAGAAGAUCGAAGCGUUGAAUUUCGGCAGAACUAAGACAAGGUACGCGACACCAAAAAAUAAACGUCCCAUGUCCGAUCCGAAGGGUGAACGUACGUCUACCCUCAGCGUGAGACUAUUCCUGAAAGAAUUCUGUGUAGAAUUUUUGAACGCCGCUUACAACCCCGUAAUGAAAUACGCAAGGUCGUGUAUCGUGGCGAAUCAAAGCGAACACUCGGAAACGAUUUGCUAUCUCUGGACAUUGCGUUUCUUCAUGGAGUUCAAUCGUCAUUACAAGUUCGAAGUGAAAUAUGUAAGCGAGACAAUAUCGACGGAAAUGUUUCAUUUCACGCAAAGACAAAUGGAACAAUAUCAGGAGAUGAUGCUCAUGGAUAGAAAGAAGAUACCACUUUGGUCCCGUAGAUUACAUGUUGCAUUAAAGGCAUAUAAGGAACUUCUGCACACCUUGAUGGCAAUGGAUCAAAGCGCGGAUCGUGGCGUUAGAGAAUCCAGCAAAGUCAUUAAGAGUAACGUAUUCUAUGUUCCGGAAUAUCGGGAAACAAUUCUUACUCAGUUCCUGUCCUUCGACGAGGUUAAAAUGUCACGUCAAUACUUGGUUGAUCUGAUUACAACGGUACACAUCUUUUUGAAGAUGUUGAGUAUUUAUUGCGGCAGAAGCAACCGCAGCGUAUUAGUGCAAAAGAAGGCGCACAAACACAAGAGAUCCGGCAAAAAAAAAACUGUGCAGAAGGAACAGCCUCCGCCACGAACCAUGGAGGAACGCUGGGAUGAGGUCAGCCCCCAGUUGUCAGUUGUAAUGCGAGAAGGGGCGAUACCGGAAGUCGUGCCAUUCGACGCAGCGUCGGACGUACCGAUCGAGGAUCAAAAAGUGGAGGCUAUGAAGAAAAUUCAGAAGCUGUUGCGGACGAAGUUUCUCGAACAAGCUAUUGGUUUGAUUCGCGCGUCAAGAGAGGUUUGGCCGGAGAACGAUUGCUUCGGAAGGGCGGACAUUACAUCGGAGGAAGAGUUCCUGGCGCUGCGAGAAAUCUUCUUCGCUGAUCUGGGCGUUGAAGAUGAGCCGGUUACUCAAAACGAAGAUCAAGAAGAAAACGCCGAGCAUGAUGAAGAUGAAGAGGAAGAUGAAGAGGAAGAAGACGAAAGAAGAACAGUUAUGGUUGAAGCCAAUUUCAACUUUACUGAGUUUAUACAGAGGUUCGCCAACAUAAAAAUUGUAAAAGCGUUACGAAUCCUCCUGCAGCAAUUCGACAAAAACACGGACGAGGUGAAUCAUUACGUUAACAAGAUGUUGCAUCGAAUUGCAUGGGAUUGCAAAAUGCCAGGGAUGAUGUUCCAGGCGUCCAUGUUUCGGGUUUUCCAGAGAAUCCUCGAUUCUAAAUAUCCUGGCCACAAGGAACUCCAAAAGUUCGCCAUCUUCAUAAUCCGGCGUUUCAUCGAAGUCGCGCAGAAAAAUCGGAAGGCAUACAUGGAGCUGCUCUUCUGGAAGACCACUCGUGACGCGACCGAGGUCGUCGAGGGUUACAACGCGGAAACGGAUAACAAGAAAGUUUCGCGCAGUCUCUGGACCGAGGCCCAAGAGGACGAGUUACGCACGCUCUUUAUGGAACAUCAGACUAACAAGUAUUCCCAGGAUCUCGUUGACUGGUUAUUGGAAAAUAUUACUCAAGAGAGGACUCGUCGUGGUAUUAUUAAAAAGCUGAAGGAAAUGUGCUUAAUUGUCAAUUCAAAGAAUGUACGUAGCGAAAUACAAAAGAGGCUACCCAAAGAAUGGUCCGAGGAAGAAGUUGCUCAACUAUCAGAGCUCUGGGAACUGCGGAAAGAGGAUGACGAUCCCGUGGAUAUGAUCUUCAAUGGGCUCACAAUAAAGCGUCCGAAGCCAAAGAUCAAGGAGAAGCUUUUAGAAUUAGGAUUGGCUGCGGAUCGAAAGGAGCUACGCAAGAAGCGAUCCAGAAAAAGCAACCACGGGAAAUCGUCGUGGGAAACACAGUCUGUUAGUAAUUCAGACGAGAAUGAAAGCAGCGACGAAGAAGCUGGGAAAUCCCCGGGACCUAGCAGAAAGGCUCCCAAUAAACCAACAAACAGGAAAACGAAGACUGGCAGGAAGAAAGAGCCGACCGUGGUCUACACGGAUGCACAAUUAUCUGGAUUCUUGAAGGAUGUCAUCGAAAAAAAUAUGAACGAGGCUUUGGAAUGGAUUAAGGAAUCCCUGCAGGAUAUCCUGGACGAUCGAGACGAGGAAAGCACCGAAGGUAUUCCCUUAGUCCCACUGACAGAUUAUUCGUCCGCCGCGAUGGAUUCGCCCAGCUUUCAAAAGCUUCUUCGAGCUAUGGGAUUCACACCUCCGUUUGAUGAACAGGAAUCUUAUUGGCGUAUACCAGCUAAUAUGCUUACACCGUCCAUUCAAAAGCGUUGCGAUCUUAUCGAGUCUGCGUUGGCAGGAAAUUUCAUUGCUGAAGAGCCAGGACCAUUCCGGCGCAAGGUAACAUUAGAGCUGGAUAGAAUCAAUGAAAGUGACGACGACGUUGAUGCAUUGGAAAACAUUAAAAAAUAUUUUGCAUCCAGAGAACCGGGGCCAUCAGUUUCCCUGGAUUCUGAAUCCGACGAUGAAGCAAAGAAAAAACCAAAAUCAUCAAAAGCUACCAUGUUGCCUAAAAAAUCAGCGCAACGAAUGAAAGUGGAAAGCGACAAAUCCGACGAUGAGGUAGAGAACGAACCAAACUCACCAAAACCUGCCAUGUUGCCUAGGAAAUCAGCCCAACGAAUAGAAGUUGAGAGCGACGAAUCCGAUGAUGAAGUAAAGGAAAAACCAAAAUCACCAAAAAUUACCAAGUUACGUAAAGAAUCAGUUCAACGAAUGGAAGUCGAGAGCGACGAAGAAAAAGUGGCGAGCCCGCCACCGGUCGAAACUUCGGAAAACUCGCGGAUGGUAAAGCCGAAGCAAAACAACCGUGUGAAAGUGCUUGUCGAUUCAUCCGACUCCGAACACGAAGAGAAGACCAAUCUCGAGGAUGCCGAAGACGAAGGAAAAAGAGAUCGCUCGGAUGGUUCAGAAAACGAGCACGGGACAACGAAAAAACGUCGUCUGUUGGACAGCGAUGAAGAAGAAGAGCCAUUACCGUCUCUGAACACCGAGCUGAAACACGCCAAGUUGAUAAUUAGCGACGAGGAAGACGAGACGAUUGAAAAACAACCUACUCGAGUGGGGUCAUCUCGGGCAAUUAUUAGCGACGACGACGACGAUUAACAAGAGGAUACUAUGUGAUUUAUAAAUAUCUUUUUAAACGUCAUUUCAACCAAAUAUUUCAUUCUUUAUUUUUUGUAACGUGUUAUUUUUCCAUACCCUUUAAUAAAAUACAAAUAAUU